AUGAAUAAGCAAAAGACUUCUAUUAUUUUCAGUCCCAACACAAACUUGGAAGAAAAAGAGCCGAUUGUUGAUUUCACCAAUGGAGUGCUGUGUGGGAACUACAAUAGGUAUGGAGAUGAAUUCAAUUCCCAAACUCCUUGGUGUCAGAUUUUUAAAAGUAAAUAUUUUAAAAACUGUGAUGUGUUGGAGUCUAAACCAGGCUACUCUCCUUCUCAUGUAUGGAGGAGCAUUUGGUCCUCCAUUAGCUUGGUAAAGGCAGGUGCAGUAUGGAGAUUUGGGAAGGGGCAUACCAUUAAAGUCUGGCAUGGCAAAUGGAUUCCACAACCUAUCUCUUACAAAGUUCAAUCACCCAUUAAUCAGUUAAAUGAUGACUCUACAGUUGCUGAGCUUAUAGAUGAGGCUACCUGCAGGUGGAAGACUAAUCUAGUGGGAGCAGUGUUUAACUCUGAGGAGGCACAACUUAUCUGCAAUAUUCCUCUCAAUAUGAGGAAUAUCAGUGACAGACUGAUUUGGGCUAGGAACACAAAAGGGAUUUUCACAAUUAAAAGUUCCUACUUCCUGGACUAUGUUUUGACAAAGCAAUCUAGGGGGGAGUCAUCAAAUGCAGAGGCUACUGAUGUGGUUUGGAGGAAGAUGUGGAAGCUGCACGUUCCAGGAAAAAUCAAACAAUUUCUUUGGAAGGCUUUAAAUGAUAUACUACCUACAAGACAGAUGCUGAGGAAGAAACAUAUAGUUGAUGAGGAUUGGUGCCCAAUGUGUAAGAGGGUUGAGGAGUCUGUUAUCCAUGUUCUUUGGAACUGCCCUGCAUCUAUGGAUGGUCCAUCUACUCUACUCAGAUCUGCAUUAUCUGACAUAGAGGUAUUUCAUGACUUGUAUCAAUGCUCAAUACCCAUUGCUGAUAGGCUGCCUCAACAGGUUUCUGUCAUUAGAUGGAAUCCCCCAACUGAGCCUUUUUGCAAACUAAAUUUUGAUGGUGCUUAUGAUGCUGAAGGCAGUCUGAUGGGCCUUGGUAUUGUGGUAAGAAACUUUAGAGGGGAAGUUGAGAUUGUAGUGUCUGCUCCAAGGUCCUAUUAUGUAUGUUCUGCAUUCACAGUAGAGUGCUAUGCUCUCAUGAGUGGCAUUCAACUGUGCCUAGAAAUGAAUAUGCAUCAGGUGCUGUUUGAGCAUGAUGCUAAGCAAGUUAUUGAUGGGGUUAAGGGAUGCAAUUCAGAUCUAUCUUGGGAGGGUCAAUUGAUUGAUGAUAUACAAGUCCUAAUGUCUGCUCAAGCUAGGUGGGAUACAUGCUUUGUUAGAAGAGAUGGAAAUAAAGCUGCACAUAUGGCUGCAAAACUAGGCUUAUAUUUAGAAAGUGAGUCUGUGUGGAUCGAGGAUGGUCCUCAAGAGGUUAUGUCUGUUAUUCAGUUUGAUAAGUCAUGUAUUCCUUGA